GAGGCGGGUUGUCGGGGCGCCGCGGUCGGGAUGUUACUGCAGGGGGCGGCCCGGUGCGGCCGGGGCCUGGCGGGGGGGAGCCGCGCGGCGGGGGCCCGUCCCCAGGUAAAUCUACAACUCUUCAGGUGCACCGAGCGCUGGAGACUGCAGAGAUGUGGGUGUCCUCUCUGGGACAGGCUACCUCGCAGAGACCACCUGAAAAGCUACUUCUGCAGCGUUCGGAGACUUUCCGUGGACCUGUCAAAAGCAGAUUUUAGCCACCAUCAAAGCCAUUCAGAGACCCGAGGAGAUGGCUCUCAGACUGAUCCCCAGCAGAGCGACGGAGAGCCCUGCGCUGCAGGGCUCUCCGAGCCUUUGAAAGACACAGAGCCCCCCUUUUCCAAGCCCCCAACGCUCCUUCCCCCCACUAACUGCUGUAUGAGCGGCUGCCACAACUGCGUUUGGAUUGCAUAUGCAGAGGAGCUGCUGAAACACUACCAGGAUGGGGGAGAACAGGCCUUAGCCGCUGUGGAAAAGCACAUAGAAGAUGAGAACAUUAAAAUGAUUUUAAAGAUGGAAAUCAGAUUCCGUAUGAAGAAAGACUGAUGCGCACAGUUUAAGCUGUUGGCCCCUGCCAUGGCUCCUCUAUUCCCAUGGCGCUACAAACUCCAGAGAGAAAGUGCCCAUAUUUAUUUAUUGUCCCUUCUCCGAAAAGGCUCCUUAUUUAACAUAAUUUGUCCAUCUCCUUUGAAGCUUGGUUCCUGGGCUCGAGAACCCAGCUUGACCACUAGUUGGUAAAGGAUUGCCAUUAUUUGUUGGCAUGAGUUACAGUACUUGGCAGAAAUUGAGUGAGAAUAAAUUCAUACCCGUGUGCUUAAAAAUGUGAA